AUAACAACGCGUAACUGGUUAACAAAUUUGUGAUUUAUAAGUUUUAUACAUUAAACUUAAGACUUAUACCUUAUAUUUUUCUCUCUUUUAAGGUUAAUUAAUUAACAGUUUUGUUAAUAUAUAACAAUAUAUGCAUUAAAUAUGAGUGUUGAUAAGUCUUUUUUAUUACAAAAGCAAGUAAAAGAUAAUUCAGAAGAUUUAAAAAGAGAAUUUCUUAAUUUGAAAACUUGGGAAGAAGAAAUGAAACGUAAAGAGAAGGAACUUCUUGAUAAAAGCAAUGAUCAAGUUUUACCACCAAUAAGAAGUAAAAAGAAAAAGGUAAUGCAAAAGCCUCCUGUGAAAGAAAAAUGUAACGAAAAUACAAAGCGAAUUAAGUCAAGUGAUUAUUCCUCUUGGGAUAAAUUCGACGUGGAAAAAGCUUGCAAAGAAAUAGAUAAAACAGAUUCAUCAGAUGAAUCCGGAGAGGAAUUGAAUGAAGAUGAAUUAAAAAAGCGGCAUGAUAUAGCAACAGAGCAUAAACAAAAGGGCAAUAUACUCGUACAACAACAAAAAUGGGACAGUGCCAUUGCGUGUUAUUCUGAGGCAAUAAAAGUUUUUCCAUACGAUGCUGUCUUCUAUGCCAAUCGUGCUCUUUGUCAUUUAAAAAAGGAUAGCUUAUACUCUGCAGAAGCUGAUUGUACUACAGCGAUUCAGUUGGAUUCACAGUAUGUGAAAGCUUAUCACAGAAGAGCACUAUCAAGACUAGAAUUAAAACAAUAUAAAGAAGCAAAAGAAGAUUUAGAAAAAAUAUUGCAGUUAGAGCCAUCUAAUAAGGAAGCACAAGCCAAACUUGCUCAAGUCAAUAAAAAAUUGGAGCCUAAGUCAAUUAUCAUAUCUGAAGAAAAGACGUCGAAGGAGACAUCAUUAGAAAAAACGAUUGGUGAAAAAAUUUGCAAUUCUAAUAAAAAUAUUAACAAGGAAAUAAAUAAUAAGAAAACAGAACAAGAUGUUGUAAAUAAAACAAUAAAAAACAAGACAAAAUAUAUGCAAAUUCCUGACUGGUUACCGGAGAAAGAUAAUGUCGAAAUCAUAGAGCCUAUUAUUAAACCACCUCAUUUGCGUUCAAAAAAGCCAAUGAAACGUAUUGUAGUACAAGACGCAGAAUUUGAAAUUGCGACAUGUAAAAAAGAAGUUCCACUAAAUGAGACAGAUAAAAUUCAAAAAGCUGAAUCAUUUAAUAUGGUUGAUGAUAAAGUUGUUGCAAAGAACAACGUUUUAAUUAAGUCUUGCGAAGUUAAACAAAAUGUACCCGUAGAACUAAAAAUUCCAAAAACAGCUGUACAAUUUAUUAUAGAUUGGCGGAGAAAUAAAUCAUCGGAAUAUCGCUAUCGUUACCUAAAACAAUUACCUUCGAACAGUUUGCCACAACUAUUUCAAGAUUCUAUGGAGUCGGAUAUUUUCAGUGAGAUUUUAGACAUUCUUAGAACUGAAUUCAUACCACGAAAAAAUUCGGUAUAUCAGUAUUUGGAAUGUUUAAGUCAAAUAAAAAGAUUUCGAGCACUUGUUAUGUUUAUUAAUAAUGCGGAGAAAGAGGGUAUAAAAACUCUUAUCGAGUAUACUAAAAAUACUGAUAAUAUAUCGGAAGAAAAACUAGAAAAAUUAUAUGAAGUAUACGAAAUUUGAUACGAAACAAAAUUUUAGGAGCAGCGGGUCUUGCGCUACUAGGUCUGGCAGUAGGUGGACGUAAAAAUGUUCUUGAUUUAGAUGUACUAG